AUGAACACCACUCGCGGAGUUGUCUCCGAUGAUGAUUUGCUGGAUCUCACUGAGGCUGAACUCUUGGAGGGCAUCGGUGAACAGAAUGUUAUGAAUGUCAAAAUAAUUAAGAUGUGGCAAGAUGGCAAAAAAAUCCAAACCAAGCACUUGAUAAUCACCUUCGGUUCGAGUGCCCUGCCCGAGUCAAUAGAGGCAGGGUACAUCAAGCUCCGUGUUAGGCCAUGCGUGCCCAAUCCCCUCAGAUAUUUCAAAUGCCAACGUUUCGGCCACAGUUCGCAGAGCUGCCGAGGCCGUCAUACCUGUGCUAAAUGCAGUGCCCAUGAACAUACCUCUGAAGCUUGCGAGAACACUCUCCACUGUGUAAACUGUGAAGGGAAGCACGUCGCACACUCGUGUUCGUGCCCAUCUUGGAGAAAAGAAAAAGAAAUUGUGACGAUAAAAGUAAAGGAAAACAUAAUUUUCAAGGAGGCACGCAGGCGGGUGUCCUACCUGCCCAAGAACACAUUUGCCGAUGUGAUGCGUCAGGGGUCGGCGACACAAUGGCUUCCGGAGGCUGUCCGACCCACACUCAGUGUGCCGGCAGUGACGCCAUCCGGCCCCCUGGUGGCUACAGCUUGUGCUGUUCCACCACCCCAGAAGAAGACACCAUCGAUCUCCGGGCGGGUGGCCUGA